GACGCGCUCGCUGCUGGCCGGCCGCACACCACCACCACUCUGCGUCAAGCCAGCCCCGAGAGAGGCGACGGCGGUUAGGCCUAGCGCGCGUGAACAAUAAACACCUUCGGUGGACGUGCCCCGGAACGCGCGACCACAGACACCGUUCGGCACUGCACGAAUCGCCGCAGACGGGGCAGCCGCUUCGUCGACGAGCCUCGGAGCGACGCCGACCGUUUCCCGUGCCGAGACAGCGCUGCGAACAAUGGUUCACUGGGAGAACGUCCGCUUCCCCGUGCCGGGGGCUCGUGUGGACCUCUUGAGUGGCGGCGGAGCUCUGCAGCCGCAGCCAAUGGGCUCAACCACCGGCAUGGCAGACAAGACGCUGGGCAUGACCUCAGCCAUCAGCACUGCCCCGCCAAAGCCCAGUGACCUGCAGCGCACCCAGGAGCUCGAGGAGACCCUGCGCCAGUUCGGCCUGUUCGAGUCGGAGGAUGAGCUGGCACACAGGAUGGAUGUGCUGUCGAAGAUCAACCAGCUUGUGAAGAAGUGGAUCUAUGAAGUCAGUGUAAAAAAGAACAUGCCGCCGAGUGUGGCAGAGAAUGUGGGAGGGAAGAUCUACACAUUUGGGUCAUACCGGCUUGGAGUCCACACGAAGGGGGCCGAUAUCGAUACCCUGUGUGUGGCACCACGGCACAUCGAGCGUAGCGACUUCUUCACCUCCUUCGUGGAGCUUCUCAGGCAGCAGGAGGAGGUCAAGGACCUCAGGGCCGUCGAAGAAGCUUUUGUACCUGUCAUCAAAAUGACGUUUGAUGGAAUUGAGCUUGACAUGCUGUUCGCUCGGCUGGCCCUGAAGGACAUUCCGGAAGACCAGGAUCUGCGGGACGUCAACAUCCUCAAGAACUUGGACCAGAAGUGUGUGCGCAGCCUGAACGGCUGCCGGGUGACGGACGAGAUCUUGCACCUGGUGCCGAACCGGGAGACCUUUCGGCUGUCGCUGCGCGCCAUCAAGCUGUGGGCCAAGCGUCACGGCGUGUACUCGAACGUGCUGGGCUACCUGGGCGGCGUGUCAUGGGCCAUGCUGGUGGCGCGCACCUGCCAGCUGUACCCGAAUGCGGCCGCGGCCACCCUUGUGCACAAGUUCUUCCUGGUCUUCUCCCAGUGGCCCUGGCCCAAGCCCGUGCUGCUCAAGCAGCCCGAGGAGAGCCGGCUGGGCUUCCCCGUGUGGGACCCGCGGGUGAAUGUGGCCGACCGCUUCCACCUGAUGCCCAUCAUCACGCCUGCCUACCCGCAGCAGAACUCCACUUUCAACGUGUCCGUCUCCACCCUGACCAUCAUGCGGCAGGAGUUCAAGCAAGGGCUGGCUAUCACGGACGAAAUCAUGCUCCGCCGCAGCGACUGGAUGAAACUGUUCGAACCGCCCAACUUCUUCGGCAAGUACAAGCACUUCAUCGUGCUGAUGGCCAGCACCCAGUCCAAGGAGCACCACCUGGAGUGGUAUGGCCUGGUCGAGUCGAAGAUACGCAUUCUCAUCUCCAACCUGGAACGUCACCCAUACAUCGCCCUCGCACAUGUCAACCCGGAAUCAUUCCCGCCCUGCGAGCCAGAGGGGGAUAAGCUCCAGUCUAUGUGGUUCAUCGGCCUGCAGUUCAACAAGACUGAGCACGUCAACAUUGAUCUCACUUACGACACACGGUCAUUCGUCGACACUGUAAAGAGGCAAGCAACUGCAAUCAACAUUUUCAAGCAGGACAUGGAAGUGGACAUCAAAUAUGUCAGGCGGAGAGAGCUUGUGAAGUACCUACCUCAGUCAGUGCUCAAUCGUUCCAAGAAGAAAGGAAACAAAACGAAUGCGACUCCGAACUCCACACCCCAACACAGCCCUGGGUCAACAUCACAGACGGGAAAGAAGACUCUGUCCUCGAGCCGUUCAGACUCUGCCCUCCUUGGCCUGGUGGGUGAUGGGAUAGGUGGCACUGUCAACGAUGCUGCCCUGAUCAGUGACGACUCCUGCUCUAGCCUCAAUGUGGCUGCCAGCAGCAACCCAGCCUCCAUUGCUCAGCACAAGCGCAAACUUGACCCCGAGUCUGUCGUGGACGUUGCGGUGUCGGGUGGUGGUGGUGGAGUGACCGCAGGCAGCCACCCUUACAACAACCAGAAUGCCGGCAGCUGCAGUGGGGGCUCUGGCGGGGAGGAGGCCAGUGAAGAGGAUGGGGGCAGCAAGCGCUGCCGCUCAGACGAGGUCAACAGUGCUGCCUUCAUGGAUGCCAUUGGACUGGGCAAGAACUCUGGCUCAGACCUGCCCUUUCUCGAGCGCACCGCUGCCGACAGCCAGCUGCAGAUGGACGAUUCGCCGUCACCUCUGAACACCAGCGGUGGCACGAAGCGGCAGUGCGAAGAAGACUCUGAAGCUGAUGGUGAAGUGGUCAAGCGGUCCAAGCCUGACAGCAGUGAGACAAUGGAGGAAGACGACGACACCGUGUCCUCGUCAUCGCAACGCAACCACGUGGUGCCCGAACGUGAGCCUCCCGCGAGUGAGGGGUCGGCGGCAAGUGGGCCCGAGUCUGUGAUUGCCUUGCAGCGCGACUCUCUGAGGCCCUCCUCUGCCGUGACCUCGUCGACUGCCGUCGAAGAGAAGGCACGCAUCUCAGACGGCAUUGACAGCACCGCGAGGUCGCCGCUCCAUGCGACGGCGCUCGAGACCUCGGUGUGAAGCAGCCUUUUGUUCCACUGCCGCAGGUAACAAAAGAGAGGGAAAAACACUCGGGACACAGAGGCGCAGAGUGAAAAACAAAAAUCUUGAGCAGCAGGAGCAGAGGAUCCAGGAAAUCCGUCAGCACUGCUUGGCUUUGACCAUACUCCGUUCUUUGGCGUCCUCUGCUGUUUAGUGCGCAUGUCCUUGUCACUUCCACCUUCAUCCACGAACCCUCCUCCGUCCUGCAUCUGUCAUUGACGCUUUCUUGUCCCCUCACACCCCCCUUACAGUGUAUCUUUAUCUCCCUUGUCCUCUCAUAUUUUUUUUUUUUAAUAAUCUAUGUCAUUCAGAAGCCAAGCAGUUAAUUGCGAAGGAUUGCUUUCACGACCUCCUCCUUGCCGAUUCUGCUCUCUGAGACGUCACCGGCAUCACUGUCAUCGUUCGAUGGGACUCGACGUGCGACUUACGCACCACUGGACGCAAGCACGACCAGUUGUUCUGUUAUGUGGGGAGGGACCGUGGCUGUGUUUCUGGUCUUCGUUUUACCGCCAUUUCGGUGUUGACCGCAAACGUGCAGAAAGUGUUUGUCUGCUGGGCAGAGCACUAGCUAAGUUGGUGUUCCCUUUAUUUUUUGACAGGCAAGGUCAGCCAUUUUUUUUAUUAUUAUUGUUACUAUUACCUCUGGCCACUUCACAGUGCAUUGCACUACUGGAGGGCUGAGUACCGCACAGUGGCAGCUCAGUUUUGGCCUACGCUUUGGUUAGGCUGUUGCUAUGAGUAGUCCUGUCUUGGGGCUGCAGCAGUGGCACAGGCUUGUUGAGUACUUGGCUACCUUUGUCCACGAAGCAGACGAAGGGCCAUACACUUAGACACUGCUCGUCUGAGUUCCUGAUGUAUGCAGCAUCCGGCUGAUGGUUGAAACCCACAGCCGGUCCGGUUCGCCGGUGACUUACCACUGCUGAUGUUGCCCGUUGGCAACACAGACACACCAUUAGACGGCCGGAACUGUAAAGCAAGCUGCCCUUCGGUCAGGCCCGCAUAGCAGACGUUCAAUGCAAACACAAUAGCGUUUGUAUUUUGCAACUUUCACCUUCUUUCUUUCUUUCUUCUUUUUCCCUCUCUGCUUUCAUCUGAGCGUCCUUUCUUUUUCAUCUCUUGUGUUGUCUGUGUUACCAAAGGAGGACACAGCUUGAUUUUUAUUUCAUUUGUCUUUUUCUUAACCUCUAAUUCAAUUAAACUACGUUCCACUUUCUUAUUCUCAUUCCCUGUUGGUGCUUGACUGCUGUUUCUUAAGAGUGACACUAAGGAUGUCUUCAUAGACUGCCACACCUUGUGUGUCGACGAGGAUGCGGGUGAUGCUUAUUCUUGGUUGCAUACUGUUGAGGCACGGCUGCCCACAGGAGUCUCGGUGACACGGAAGCCAUAACGAGCCAAUUUUUCUUGAGGCCGCCAUGAAUCGCUAGGUGCACUUUGGUGGCUACAAGUAGAACUCAAGCCUUGCACCUGUCAAUCGCUGGCCUGAUGAGGAACAUUUCUUAAGUGGCUUCUGGGGUCCAGAAACAUUUGUGAGCAGCUGCAAAGGUGUGAAAGUUCAUGCAUGUCAAACGACAGGAGGGUUCUGAUGGCAGUAAAUUGUGCACCAGCCAUGUCCCUCAAGGUUUGUGUUAGAUCUGUUGCCUGAAAAGUGUUUGUUUCAUUUGUUUUCUUUGCGCAUUGUACAGGAGCGCGACAGUCUUGUACCUUCUGUAUGUGUGCACUCGCGUGAGUGAGUUUUCGUCAAAGCAUUACUGAGUUCACAGUGCAUAUUUUUCUAAAGCCAAGUCACUGGAAAGUUCGGUGUUCCAGGAAGCUGCUGCGACUUUUUUUGCCAUCUCAUCUCGUGUUACUGUUCUCACCACGUUUUGUCACAAGUUCAUUCUUUUUCUCUCUCCCUUUCGAACAUUGCCUGUUUUAAUUGUUGUCAUGCGUAUUGUGUCUGUCAGUACAACUAUGUGGGCACUUGGGGCACCCAUGGUUAAAACACUCUUCCUUUGAAAGAAUUUGUUACAGUGGUACCUAGGGGGAAAUCUGGUGCCGCCGUCUGUACAAGUUUCCUAACGAGCGCUGUGCCUUCAUGGGAAUGCUGGGAUAUGGGUGGUUCGGCUUGUCUCGAGUGUGGCUUGGUCUUAAAUGUGAUCGUUAUACUUACGGUAUAAGCAAGAAAACGGAAAACAUUGUUGCAAACCAGGCCCCCUCACCUUUUCUACAAAUUAUGUGAUUUGCUGGUAAUACUACUGGCUGCAUUGUGAUAUAACUGUACACAUUAGAGUGAGUACUUAUGUUUUAAUGGCAAAGCUUUGUAUAAUAAUGCAACAAGAAAUGCUGCCUUAAUUGCUGUUAUGGUAGACUAAGCUGUCUUUGCAGGUAGAAUGCCACUUGCCGGACACGCGUUGCAGGUGUCUUGCCAGUCCGAAUUCCCCAUUUUCCUACAUUCCCAUGCGUGAAGCCGCACUGCAGCAUCACAUUUCCCCCUAGGAAAUCAUAGGAAAUUCUGUGCUUCCCUUGACCUCUGCCCCACAUGCUUAUUAUUGCUCUGCAAAGAGUGCUCCCUCUUUUAUUGGCAACAUUAAUAAAUUUGCUAGGUGUACCAAGGUGCACAGUUUGGUUCCAGUCACUUCAUCGUUGCUGUUAUUGAGCAGGCAGCUUCGGUAUGUGCACUGAAUCUUAUCUUUCUCUGCACCCACCUCCUGUCCCCUAUCUAAGCUUCAGGGCUUAAGGUUUAAACGUCUACCCAACAGGUGUCACUGUUGUGUAGGAAGUUUCCACAAGUGAAUGCUCUCAGUGAAGUCUCUUGAGUGCACAUUGCACAAGUGUUUUCUGUCCAAACACCCUUACUCCUUUCUCUCUAUUUCUUAAUUGUUAUUGCAUGCCAGCUUGGACAAGCUCUGUUUUGUACGAUCGUCAUGACUAAGUUGGUCUUCUUCCAUUUGGCAUUGCAAACAACUUGUGGUCAGUGCAGGAUAUUUUUUUUCUUCUCUCACACUCAACAUCUGCAUCCACAUUUUCUAUCAAUGGCAAUUGAGUCAACAAAAGCACGGUACUUCUGCAUCCACAUUUUCUAUCAGUGGCAAUUGAGUCAACAAAAGCACGGUACUUGCUUGCUUUUGUCCAUUCAGCUGGCGCAAGCGAUUAUUGUUGGCCAAGGUUGAUGGGGAAAGUUAACGUGUGCACCGUUUUGUGUUGCUUAGUGAGUCAGUGACGACGUUCCAUUGGCCACAGCCUGAACAGAGUAUGUGUCACUUUAUGUGACUGUCAUCAAAGUGCAUUAAUUUGACCAACAGUGAUGUUUAUCAUGGCAACACUUAACAGUGCAGAAGGGUGCGACAUAUGCAUAGUGGCACUACACAGGCAAUUAGUUAUGACGGGGUAGAAAAAGAGGAGUUGCUGGACAUUUGCGAUCAGUCGCGUGAGCUGGAACAGACGGAUAAAAGAAGCUGUAGACAAGAUGCUAGCUGAAACUUGUUUAUUUGGGGCAAUUCAUUUAUUGAUAAGCAAUUUAUGAAUGAUGUGCUAUAUUUCCUCAUUAUCUUCUUUUUUCUUUUUCAUAAGUGUUACCUUGUUUACUGGGCUUGCAAAACACCCAUUCAUCAUAAAUUCAGGGCUUCUUAAUAAGCAAGUUUCAAUUAGAUUCCUGCCUCUCUUUUGUUUGUUUUUGGUCCUAGUCGUGAUAUCUACUGCUAGCUAUAAUUGAGUGCUAAGGAGCCCUGUGUGGAAGUGCUGAAGUAGCAGUGACUGUCCAUCAACUUCGUAUGGCAAUAAAGACCUUUUUCUUUUUAACUUGUGUGCUUCCGAGGUGAAGCACAGCGCCUGCGCAGUGUCCCUUCCUGUGCAUCAAAUCCCUUUUGCUCUGCUAAAAUGCUGUUGUAAAUGCGACAUCAGGGCAAUUAGUUUCCUUUCUGUAAUGUUGCCUUUCACGCCAAGUUGUGCCCGUUUUUGCAUUUUUUAAGGUUGCCUACGCCAGAACUUCAUUCUCACCCGUAUUAUCUGCGCUGGAGGCUACACUGCCAAAGUGCAUGCAUUUGAGGAAAUUUGCUGCUCGGGUGACGUUCGUCUUGCGUGAUAAUUUUUUCUCAUUGCCUCAAUGUAUGGGGUAAAACUUCUAACGGUGUACGUGAUGUUCAUGAGGUAUGACUAACCUAAUUCAUUGCCAUGAAACCUGACAUCUGUCAUCUCCUGUGUAAUGGCAAACUUGCUUAAGCAUUUGGAAGGCUCCUUCCCCCUCCCCCCCCCCCUUUUUAUUCCCCCGUUCCAGACGUAGCAGCACUGUGCGAUGGAAGAUACUUAGGCAUCUGUUGCUGGCCUCGGAUUAGUGCAUUCUGUGAAUAAGCGAGAGUCCACACCGUCGCCUUCCAUGUUGGGAUUUCAGGUGUCGUGGUUUGAUUUUUGGCCAUAGGAUAAGGAUGGGGAUGCUCAGAUCGAGUUGUGUUGUGAUCGAGUUGUGCAGGUUUUGGGUUGGUGCGUGCGGGGAACUCACGGGAAUGCUGUAAAUACUGAAGGUCAAAUAAAGUGCGCUUUUUUUUU